GCAAUAAGUGAUAAACAAUCUGUUGAAGAUAAAGGUAGAAUCAAAUUAAUGAAUGAACAAAGUUCAGAGAUAAGAAAUGAUAACAAAGCUGGUGGUUGUAGAAUGUUGAUCAAAAAGAUGUUUGUUGCAUAUAAUCUUGGAGGUAUGUGUCAACGUAGUGUUGAUCAUGAUACUGAAGUAGAAAUAGAAGAAAAUUCAAAUAUUAGUGUUGUAUAUAAUAGUAGUGAUAAAG